AUAUUGAUCAGGUAUGACAGUAUCCGGUCAAAAAGAUGUCAUUCUUUUGUAUCUUUCAUCUCCGAUUAUCUUUGAUGUAAAUCGAGGACGAAACAUGCAUAUGUUGUCAAACGAAUUUUCCAAAGCACCAAAGCGAUAUGUCAAUCAUCAAACUCCACCACUCAUCAAGCAUGACAGUGCUAAAAUCUGUUGGAAAUUCAAUAUGCUCUGAUAGCAAUUGCUUUUUGCUAAAGCGUACUGAGUUAAUUAAAGAAGACGGCUAUUGCAUCAGUACAUCAAACAAUCUAGGCAAAGUUAGUUGCAGGAAAUAUCGAAUCCAACCAAAUUAGACAUGAAUCGGCAGAAGAAGUUGAUGGCUUCAACACUUGGAUCAAGUUUAUGGACAGGCAACUUCAUUUGGAUGAUGGAGCUCCGGCCAAAGACGAAUUGAUUGGAGAGACAGUAUUGCGGUCACUCCUUGUUGCUUUACUUCCACGGAAGUACCUGGCCGCCAAAAGGUCUCAAGGGUUCCGUCGCACUUGAGAAAUGUCUGUUCAGUAGUCCAUCUCAUAGCUGAGGAUAAGAACAAUGGAUAACCUCCAAGGGAAUAAGACAAGGAGGAGAGUGAAGCUCAUAGAAAUGAAGAGAGCGGCAAUCGAUCAGGGAGUGGCCUCCUUCUGCAAUGCUAUAAAAUCUCUAGGAGAGCUUUGGAAGAUGAAUCAUGAAUGGAUGGAGAACAUCAAUCCUGAUGAAUUUGGAGGCAUGGAUAGCAUCAAUUUGGAAAAACUAGGUAUGCUGCCACUCCCAAUGCAAUUCACUUUCCAUUGGAAAGACAUUCUUGCCGUGAGUUUUCAAUUAUCGAUUACAGUUGAUAAUUCAGUUUGUGUGAGGAAUCAGUUUCUUAGGAAUCAGUUUCUUAACAGCUUUCAUGUUUCCCUUUUUUCUCCUGCAGUUGAUGAAGUGGUGGAAACUCAUGUCCUCAGGGAGUCUCAGGCAAACCAAAACUCCUUUAAUCCCAUUCCAACUACUUCCAUUUGGGAACCGAAGAAGACCAGAAGGCUUCCGACUGAUGUCUCAUUCAUCCCUUGUCUUUUUAGGAGUCUCAGACGUAAUGCUGUGAAAAAACCGGAACCCAUUCAGGAAAUAUUAGCAGAAGCAAGCAAAUCCGGUGCAACACCAGCAGCUUUGGCACAAAAAUCUUACUGGAAUGCAAAAGCACCACCCCCACCUCCACCUCAACCUCCACCUCCACCUCCAUCGUCUCCCAAUUUAAUACCAAAUCUUGCAGCUCAGCCGGCCCCACAACCAGUGCUAUCCAAGAUCUCAGGAACGGUGUUGCCAAAAAAACCACCACCACCACCACCUCCUCCUCCUCCUCAGGCAGCACCACCUCCACAGCCACCAAAAUCCAAGAUCUCCGGAACUGUGUUGACAAAGAAACCACCACCACCACCUCCACCUCCUCACCGGCCAACAACUCCCCGAGAACCAGCACCAACCAAGAUCUCUGGAGCUGUGUCGACAAUAAAACCACCGCCACCGCCGCCUCCUCUUCCAGGUGCAAAAGAAGCUGCCCCAUCUCCACCUAAACAUGAACCUCCUGUAUCACAAAAUGCAGCAGCUCAAGGAAUGGUGGAUUCAGAACCAGUAGUUGACAUGAUUGCAGUUGUGAGGAUAAAAGCACCACCUCCUGCCGCACCACCUUUACCAUCACCUAAAUUACCACCAGCUGAAGUGGCUGCAGGAGAACUGCCCCCAUUGCCAACAGCACCAAAGAUACCAAGAACUGCACAAAUUACACCAUCACCACCACUUCCACCUGCGCUGCCUCCACUUCCUGCACCAUCCAAAGGGUCAAUUCCAUCACCUCCACCACCGGUCAUUAAAGGAGCUCCUCCACCGCCUCCUCCUUCGUUUAGUGCAACCAAAUCCUUGAACCCCAAAAAAGCAACGACAAGGUUGAGGAGAUCAACCCAAAUUGCAAGCCUUUAUCGGUUCUUAAAAGGACAAAUAGAAGGGUCGAACUUAGAGAUUAAACUCAACAGUGGAAGAAAUCGUCAAGUUGGGGGCUCUGCCGAUGGAAAACAAGGAAUGGCUGAUACAAUAGUAGAGAUGAAAAAGAGAUCAUCAUACUUCCAAAAAAUAGAGAAAGAUGUGCAAAUGCAUGGGAAAACGAUCAAGGAUUUGACAGCUAAAAUAUAUUCUUUUCAAACCAAGGACAUGAUUGAGCUCAUCAAGUUCCGCAACUUCAUUGAAUCUCAUCUUCAAAAUUUAACAGAUGAAACACAGGUUUUAGCAAGGUUUGAAGACUUCCCCACAAAGAAGCUGGAAGCUUUAAGAGCGGCGGCAGCUCUACGCUUAAAGUUAGAGGCCAUUGUUGUAGACUUGCAGAACUGGAAGACUGCACCUCCUCUUGGCAAGCUCCUCGACCAGAUUGAGAACUACUUUAACAAGAUGAAACGAGAAAUUGACACACUCGAACGAAUAAAGGACGAAGAGUCCAAGAUGUUUCGGAGAAAUAAUAUCGAAUUCGACUUCAGUAUACUGGUAAGAAUCAAGGAAUUGAUGGUUGACAUAUCUUCAAGAUGCAUGGAAUUAGCACUUAAGGAAAGCAGAGAAGCAAAAGAAAUUGAGAACAAAGUGACUGUAACAAAAUCACAAACACAGAGAACUGAUUGCACUAAAAUGCUUUGGAGGGCUUUUCAGUUCGCAUUCAGAGUGUACUCAUUUGCCGGUGGCCAUGAUGACCAUGCGGAGAAUCUAAGCAAAGAAUUAGCUCAUGAGAUUGAGGCCAGUUCAUAGCACCAUUUAUCAUUCGUGUAGAGUUGAAUAUUGGUCACAAGCAAUGCACCAUAUCGAAGCAUCUCCAGAUAAUUCUGUUUAUAUGGUAUAUCGUGGGAGAAGCAAUUCCAUGGACUCUUGUAAAUGCACUUCAUUUUGCAGUUAGCACAUCACACAUAAUUGCAG